AUGGCCUCGCUCCGGUCCUGCAGCGCGCCGCUCCGUCGGCUUGCUGCCACGCGCAGCUCGACCCUCGGCGCCGUCCGCUACUCCUCCAACAGCAGCUCGACCUCGGCCAUUGCCUACAAGGCCCUGCGAAACCGCUCUGCGCCUUUGCCCGUCACCAACGCGCCGCCCGCGUGGUCGGCCCAGGCCGCCGUGUCCAACAUUCUCUACGAGACGCCGACGCCGUCCAUGGCCCCGCCCAAGCGACACAUUCUCAACUGCCUCGUCCAGAACGAGCCCGGUGUGCUGUCCCGCCUGUCCGGGAUUCUCGCCGCCCGCGGCUUCAACAUCGACUCGCUCGUCGUCUGCAACACCGAGGUCGAGGACCUGUCCCGCAUGACGAUUGUCCUGACGGGUCAGGAUGGAGUUGUCGAGCAAGCGCGACGCCAGCUCGAGGACCUCGUGCCUGUCUGGGCUGUGCUGGACUACAGCAAUGCUGCCCUCGUCCAGCGCGAGCUGCUUCUUGCCAAGAUCAACAUUCUCGGACCCGAGUACUUCGAGGAGCUCCUGGCCCACCACCGCGAGAUGACGGCUGGCGAGCCCGAGUCCCCGGAAGGCAUUGAGCGACAGACGCGCUCCCUGGAGGAGACCGCCCAAGACUUCCACCCCAGCAAGCUCGCUGCCAGUGAGGCCCUGCGACACAAGCACGAGCACUUGAAGACCAUCACCUACUUCACCCACCAGUUCGGCGGCAAGGUCCUCGAUAUUAGCACCAUCAGCUGCAUCGUGGAACUGUCUGCCAAGCAGUCGAGGAUCGACUCUUUCCUGAAGCUUGUGGCUCCCUUCGGCAUCCUCGAGUCGGCUCGCACUGGCUUGAUGGCCCUGCCCCGAUCGCCCCUUCACGGCCCCAGCGAGGAGCCCCUGGUCAAGGAGGCCGAUGAGGUUGUCGAUAUCAGCCAGCUGCCCCCCGGUUAA